AUUUUACACAGCGAGGAUUGAAAGUGAAUGCGGUUAGAAUCUGAUUUCGAUUCUACCAACAUAGCGAGCCUUCAUCUUGGAAUGCUACCACGUUCACCGCACUUUCAACGCCAUUUGAAUGGAAGCAGUGUUCGUCGAUGAGGCACAGAUAGCAGAUGGAAAACUGCCCCCUGUUCAUCACCGUAAAACCACAAUAUUCUUGUGGUGUGAUUCAGAUAGGUGUGAGAACGCAGUUGAGACGCGCUCGCACACACUCAGAGACAGACACAUCCCAUUUACCUGAGGCGAGAAAGAAUUCAAAGAGAACCGUCUCGGUCUCGGAAAGCAGUGAGGAUCUAGCCCCAGGAACGAGUGCUAGCAAUAGCAUAGGUGGAGCCGAUUUGUUGUCUCGUGGUACCGUCGUGCGGGAUACGUAAAGCCGUUUGAACAGUUGAAGGUUGACAACGGUAGAGAGCGCGUCAGUAUUAUUUUCUUGAGAUUAUCUGGUGAUCGCACAAUUCGAACAUGUCUCCGCCAUCGACUGGUCCUCAGCCCCCUGCUGGCGUACGUCUAAUUGCUGCAGGCUUGGCCGGCUGUAUGGCAGAGCUGUGCACAAUGCCUCUGGACACUGCAAAGGUCAGAUUGCAGAUCCAGGGUGAGGGUGGACACGGAGGUCCGAAGCCGAUGUAUCGUGGCAUGUUUGGCACGAUAUCGACGAUCGUGAAGAUGGAAGGCCCCAAGGCUCUGUACAACGGCCUAGCCGCCGGACUGCAGAGACAGAUGGCGUUUGCGUCUGUGCGCGUCGGCCUUUACGACACGGUCAAGAAUUUCUACAACGGAAUACUGGGAGGUCCGAACAAGGACAAGGUGGGAAUUCACCUGCGUAUUGCAGCCGGCAUCACGACCGGUGGCACGGCGGUGCUGUGUGCUCAGCCCACGGAUGUAGUCAAGGUGCGCAUGCAGGCCCAGGCCCGAGGCGGCUCCGCGAGAUACAAGGGUGCCACGCACGCGUACAAGACCAUCUUCGCUCACGAGGGAAUGAGGGGCCUGUGGAAAGGUCUUCUUCCCAAUGUCACUAGAAAUGCAACAGUGAAUACAACCGAAGUCGUCUGCUAUGACAUGAUCAAAGAAUACAUCUUGGCCUAUAAAUUGAUGAAAGAUGGUAUCCCGUGUCAUUUUGUGUCGGCGUUCUGCGCCGGAUUCAUCACCACGGUCGUCGUAUCUCCUAUCGACGUCGUGAAAACCCGCUUCAUGAAUUCGGCGCCGGGUGUGUACAGGGGUGCGACGCAGUGUGCGAUGCAGAUGAUGAGAGAAGGCGGCCCUCGCGCAUUCUACAAGGGUUUCGUUCCGGCGUUCAUGCGACUGGGUUCCUGGAACAUUGCGAUGUUCAUCUGCUUCGAGCAGCUGAAGAACCUGUUCAUGAAGGCUCGCGCGACGCGCAUCGAGCUGCUCAUCCCGUCAGAGAUCGGCAUCGUGCCGCAGCGCGAUCAGGCCGCGAUGCUCGACUACAGCAGUACUGGGUCGAUGAGUAGCUCUGGGUUCGGCGAGCUGCCCGCUCUCUCACUGUGGGUCGGUCACGACGACAUCGCCACCGAGCUCGAGCCCAUGCACUCGCACUGAGCGGCCGGCGCCACCUGGAGGCGAUCGCAGCGCCACCUGGAGGGGGAGAGGGUGCGCGUGUCGACGCACGUUCUGCCUCUCGUGUGCGCGUGUACUGGUCGCAGUGGUGCCGCCUGCUCAGGGAGGAGGGUGCACGUGUCAACGCAGCCCUUGCUGGCCUGGCGAGCGCACCUACUGCUCACAGUGGCACCACCUGUUGUUACAGGGAAGGGAGCGCACGCGCUUACUACGUGUGCCAACAUACCGCGCGUCGCAGGGGGCCGCUGUGAACAUGUAAAUGUGACAUACGAUACGUUGCAUCUCUGCGUCACGCUGUGACGAUUGCGUUCAAUCACCGGACGGAGUGACGGCUGGCUCGCUUAGGCAAUGUGAUUGCAGCACGCUUACCAUACCAUUACGUGUCGUGUCAAACGCAGGUUAUGCAUGUAUGAGCGAUCUUUCCUGGUUCACGUUUAGUCGCGUCGACUUAUUAGCGAAAAACAACGCACUGUUAUAGGCUGUUAGCAAAUGAAUUGUGUAUGUGUGUGUGUGCGUGCGUGCGUGCGUGCGUGCGUGUUUGUGUGUGUGUGUGUGUGUACACGUGUAGUA